GCCAUCUAUGAGUAUUAUAAGUAGUGUUAGCACUGGUAUGUAAUGGUGUGGUCGCCAUAAUCGCCACAUUUUAUUUAAACUACAUUUCCUUUUCUGUUUCAACAAUGUCUAAGAGAGGACGUGGAGGUACUGCUGGUGCGAAGUUUCGCAUUUCACUCGGUCUGCCGGUGGGCGCAGUUAUGAACUGUGCCGACAAUACGGGUGCGAAGAAUCUGUUUGUGAUUGCUGUCAAUGGCAUUAAGGGUCGACUCAAUCGAUUGCCUGCCGCCGGAUGUGGCGAUAUGUUUGUGGCGACCGUUAAGAAGGGAAAACCUGAACUGAGAAAGAAAGUAAUGCCAGCGGUUGUCAUCAGACAGAGGAAACCCUUCAGAAGGAAGGAUGGAGUUUUCAUCUACUUUGAAGACAACGCCGGCGUUAUUGUCAACAAUAAGGGAGAAAUGAAAGGAUCAGCCAUUACUGGUCCCGUGGCUAAGGAAUGUGCAGAUUUGUGGCCCAGAAUUGCUUCAAACGCCAGUUCUAUUCAAUGAUUACUUUCACUGUAUUUUCAAGUUUUGAUUUUGAAAUAAAUAACUGAAAAAAGAUUUGAAAUUAUUUUUAUUUUUUAAA